AUGAACCUCACAAAGCACUGCCGCCCUGUAAUUGAAAGAUUCCGCUCAAGACUUAGCCUGUGGAAAUCCAAGACGCUGUCACUAGGGGGACGCCUUACACUAUCCAAGGCUGUCCUUGGCAGUCUACCCACCUUUUAUUUCUCACUGUUUGUUGCCCCUGCAAGUGUUAUUAAAACUUUGGAGAAGCUUCGUCGGAAUUUUCUUUGGGGUGGUGCGGAGGAAUCGAGGAAGAUAAAUUGGGUCAAGUGGCAGAAAGUAUUAUCCCCAAAAAACGCAGAUGUUGGAUCCGACGAAGACACUGUGUUCUGGCAAGAUAGGUGGAACGGGGCUGCAACACUGAAGGAUUCCUUUCCGGAGCUCUAUAAAUUGGAAAGGCACAAGAAAUGCAAAGUCUCUGAUCAAAUAACAACCGAUGGUCUGGUUUGGAACUGGAAAUCAAGCCCUACCUCACCUGAUGAAAGAAGCCAACUUGAGGCGAUCAUUGCUCGGGCCGAAGUCCAUCACCCAUUAUCCAGGCGAGAUAAAUGGAUUUGUAAUCUCUCCCAUGAUGGUACAUUCCAGGUGAGGUCACUCAGAUCACAAAUUGACGAAAGGAAUGAAAGUAGUGAUGAGGCGGUGAUAGAUUGGAUACAUGACAUCCCGAUAAAGGUGAGUUGCUUUAUGUGGAGGGCAGUUCUAGAUCGGCUGCCUACCGCUACAACCCUAAUCAGACGUGGUAUUCAACUUCCAUCCCCCACAUGCACCUGGUGUGGAUUAGAACCUGAAGACACCGACCACGUCAUUCUCCGUUGUCCAAAAGCUAUGAUGGUUUGGGAAUGGAUAAUUCGGUGGUGUGAGAUUCCUGACUUGCAUUUCACACAUACAAAAGACCUGGUGGAAUUCACUUCCAAAUGGGGAACAUGUCAUAAAAAACGGAGGACGCUAAUUGCUAUUUGCUAUGGGACAGCAUGGCUCUUAUGGAAGGCACGAUGCGACUGGAUCUUCAAGAAAACUCGAUCUUCACCUGCUGUGGUGGCUGAUAUGAUCAAAUCGACAGUCUUCACAUGGGUCAAACAUAGGAGAACUAAGUGCACAUUUCGUUGGAUGAACUGGUGUGUAAACCCGUUUAAAUGUGUAUAA